CUAGACAUCUUCUCAGAGCCUUCUGCACAUUUGAGUCUGACAGGACGGAUUAGAACAGUUUUCGAGCUGUUUUUAGACAAAACUAAAUUUAUUUCCAAAUUUAUCCUCACUGAUUGUCUCACAGCAGGAAAAUGCCUGAAGUUCUUAACUCUGAUCUUAAGUUCAAAAGAGCGAGGGGAAACACAGAUGUGGCCACACCCUCUAUGGAUGAAGACACUUAUUCCGAAGUCAAGAUCUCAAAAGCUCAGCGACCUGCAGAGCUGCCUGGCUCCAAACAACCUGCAGCAUCAAACAGGCGAUCGGGGGACACAUCGGAGCGAGUGGCCCUGCUGGUCCUCAGUGUUCUCCUGGUAGCUUACCUUGGUUUAACCUUUCAUGAAAAUACUCAAAUCAAGAAGAGUCUCCAAAGGGUUCAUGAGGAAUGUGAGGCAAAACAUCUCUCAGGUAAACUUCUCCAUUUUGUUUCUGAAGGCUUUAAGGUUUCAUCCGCAGCAAGGUCACUUUCUCUUAAAGUAGUUUCUCCACAUCUCUGCUUCUUCUCUGUUCAGACGAUUCAGAUGAAAGUUACAUUUUAUUUAACAGGAAUCCUCAGUGGGACAGAACCGUGCAAAGUGGAGCAGCCAACUAAACCUCCUUCAGUAAGAGAGGAAACAUGUCCGAGGUGCGAAGACUGCUGGGAGCCACAUGGAGGAAAGAGAUAUUUCUUCUCCUCGGAUACUUUAACCUGGACUCAGAGUAGAACACGCUGCAAAUCAAUGAGAGGAGACCUGGUUGUGAUAAACAACAGAGAGGAGCAGAAAUUCCUUCAUUCUAGACUGAGUGUAAAAAUGGACAAAUCCGAGGACAAGUUCUGGAUCGGACUGACAUACUCAAAGAACGAGGGCAAAUGGCUUUGGGUGGACGACACACGACUGAAUACAAGUUUGGUGUUUUGGCGUAAGGGCGAGCCAAACAACAAGAAAGAGGAGAAUCCGGAUGGAGAGGACUGUGUGAUGAUGGGGCAGAAUAAAGGAGACACAAACCUAAAGAUCUGGUUCGAUAAAUCCUGCGAAUCGUUUCAAAAAUAUAUUUGUGAGAAACCAGAAGAAGCAUGUGCCUGAAAUCCAGUUGGAUCAGUUUGAGCUUGAGUCCUCAGCCACUUUCACAAACUGAGGCAUGAAGCUUUAUUAAUGAAGAUCUUCUCCAGACACAAACAACUUUGAAUAAUAUCUAGAGUCUCAUAUUUGUUUCAGUUUUCUUAUUAUUU